CGCUGGAUCUGUCAUGGCCCUAACCAAGCACGUCACCCCGCGCACCUACUCCGCCGUCACUUACGCCGACCUCGCCCGGACUAUCGAUGGAAGCGACGGCUCUACCGAGGAGCAGCGCAAGGCAAGCCUUCUGGGUAGCUGCGGUAGCAACGGCGGCCAGCUCGCCGUCAUCGUCGACCCCGAGGACCCGUCGUACAAGACCCCCGAGUACAUCGCCGCCGACAUGAAGCCCGCCGACAUCAUCGUCAAGCUCGUGAGGGACCCCAGCGCCGGCUAA